AUGAUCUUACGUGAUAAUGACGGCAACAUUAUCUUCUCUGCUUGUCGUUCUAUCUUGCAUUGUUCCGGACCGCUCCAGGCUGAGCUGUUGGCAUGUCAGGAGGGAUUAAGCCUUGCUCUACAAUGGUCUACUCGCCCGAUAGACAUCGAGAUGGACUGCAUGGAUGCGAUCAAGUUGAUCAAGUCGCCUACCCUUGACAGAUCGCCACAUAGAAUGAUAGUUCAGGAUAUUAAGAGGCUCUUUGGUGAAAGGGAUAUCUCUAUUGCUCAUGUAAGUAGGAAUCAGAACGUUGUUAGCCACACACUUGCUGUUUUCGGACGAUCGGAGGGUCGAACUACAGUUUGGUUGUGCUCUGGACCUGCAUACGUUCCUCUGCUAUGUAGGAACGAAUAUUCCAACAGUUGA